AUGUUGCCUAACGGCUCAGGGGGGGGCUUCCGGCCCCCGCCUCCUGGGGGUUCUGGAGUGCAUCCAGGGCCUCCGCCGGGGCACCCGUGUUCGCCGGCUGGCCACUUGCCGCCGGGGCUGCCGCUGCCGCCUCCUCCGGGGUUUUUGGGUUUCCCGGGGUCUCUUGGCCCGCCGUCUUCCUCACCGCCACCUCCGCACCCCGCCGGUCUCUUCGUUCCCCCGCAGCAGGGACCCCCCGCCCCUGGGGCCUCUUCUGUGCCUGGCUCGUCUCAGCGGAUGCCACCCGGCGGCAUGUUCAUGCCGCCCCCAGGGUUUGCGGGCUUCCAGCAGCCGGGCGGCGCGCGCCCCAUGCACCUGCCCCCGCACGCGCAAGCUCGCGGCGGGUCUGGAGCCCCCCUGGGACCUAAGGGCAGUCCCGGGGGAGCCGCGGGUGCACCGGGCCUGAACGGGGCGACGCCGAACCCCCCGGCGUCGGGGAAGUCCCCGUUUUACGGGAAGGACGUACGGAGAAUGGAGACUUCUUCGCCGUACGCGGGUGCGCCGCAGGCCAAGAUCGAGAGCGGCUUCGGGGCGCCGCAGCCGUCCGUUUUCUCGCGGUACCCGCCGCCUCUUCCAGGCCCGGGGCAGGUUUCGGCCGGCCCCCCGAAGGAUCUGCGCGCCAAGGUGAAGACGGCGGAGGAGUUACUGGCGGAGAAGGCGCGCAAGUGGCAGCAGUUGAACACGAAGCGUUACGGGGAGAAGUCGAAGUUGGGGACGGGCCAGGACACGACAAAAGAGGAGAUGCCUCCGGAGCACCUGCGUAAGUUGAUCAAAGACCACGGAGAUAUGACGAGCAAAAAGUUUCGCCACGACAAGCGCGUCUACCUCGGCGCGCUCAAGUACGUUCCACACGCGGUCUACAAGCUGUUGGAGAACAUGCCGAUGCCUUGGGAGCAGGUUCGGAACGUGGCUGUGCUGUACCACAUCACGGGCGCGAUCACAUUCGUGAACGAGAUUCCCUGGGUCGUGGAGCCGAUCUACCUUGCCCAGUGGGGCACGAUGUGGAUCAUGAUGCGGCGCGAGAAGCGCGACCGUCGACACUUCAAGCGCAUGCGUUUCCCGCCCUUCGAUGACGAAGAGCCGCCGCUAGACUACGGAGACAACGUGCUGGAUGUGGAGCCGCUGGAGGCGAUCCAGAUGCAGCUCGACGAAGAGGAAGACGCGCCCGUCAUCGACUGGCUCUACGACUCCAAGCCCCUGCAGCACGACCCGCGGUACCUCGCGGGGCCGUCCUACCGGCACUGGCGCUUGGAAAUCCGCCAGCUCAGCGUUCUGUACCGUCUGGCGAACCAGCUCGUGUCGGAUCUGCAGGACAAGAACUACUUCUACCUCUUCAACUUGGAGAGCUUCUACACGGCGAAGGCGCUGAACAUGGCCAUUCCUGGCGGCCCCAAGUUCGAGCCUCUCUUCCGCGACUUGCACGAGGAAGACGAAGACUGGAACGAAUUCAACGACAUCAACAAGAUCAUCAUUCGACAGCAAAUCCGCACAGAGUACAAAAUCGCCUUCCCCUACUUGUACAACAACCGCCCGCGAAAGGUCGCGAUCGGCGUCUACAGAGAACCCACCUGCUCGUUCGUCAAGCCCGAAGAUCCAGACCUACCCGCCUUCUACUACGACGCCAUCGUCAAUCCCCUCCCCGCGUACAAAAGCGGAUCCUCCACUACCACGCAACAAGAUUUUUCUGUGUUCGAGGACUUUGUUCUCCCGCGGGAGAUCCAGCCGCUGCUGCAGGAUGCGCCGCUAUCGACAGACACGACUGUGGACGGGAUCAUGCUCUACUGGGCAUGUCGGCCCUUCAAUCUGCGCUCUGGGCGGACGCGCCGCAGCGUGGACGUACCCCUCGUCCAGUCGUGGUACCGCGAGCAUGUGCCGACCAACUACCCUGUGAAGGUUCGCGUCUCCUACCAGAAGUUGCUGAAGUGUUGGGUGCUGAACCACCUGCACCAGCGUCCGCCGAAGUCGCUGAAGAAGCGGUACCUGUUCAGAGUUUUCAAGAGCACCAAGUUCUUCCAGUGCACCGAGCUGGACUGGGUCGAGGUCGGCCUCCAGGUUGCGCGCCAGGGGUACAACAUGCUGAACCUGCUCAUCCACCGAAAGAACCUCAACUACCUGCACCUCGACUACAACUUCAACCUGAAACCCGUGAAGACGCUCACGACCAAGGAACGCAAAAAAAGUCGAUUUGGAAACGCCUUCCACUUAUGCAGAGAAAUCCUCAGACUGACGAAGCUGGUCGUCGACUCGCACGUCCAGUACCGCUUAGGAAACGUGGACGCGUUCCAGUUGGCAGACGGCUUGCAGUACACUUUUGCACACGUCGGCCAGCUGACGGGUAUGUAUCGGUACAAGUAUCGACUCAUGCGCCAAGUGCGAAUGUGCAAGGACUUGAAGCACUUGAUUUACUACCGCUUCAACACGGGGCCCGUGGGGAAGGGCCCCGGCUGCGGGUUUUGGGCGCCGGUGUGGCGCGUGUGGCUGUUCUUUCUUCGCGGUGUGUUGCCGCUGCUGGAGCGGUGGCUGGGAAAUCUGCUAGCGCGGCAGUUCGAGGGACGUGUGUCGAAGGGCGUUGCAAAGACUGUGACGAAGCAGCGCGUCGAGAGCCACUUCGACUUGGAGCUGCGAGCUGCGGUGAUGCACGACAUUCUGGACACGAUGCCCGAAGGCGUCAAGGCGAACAAGGCCCGGACGAUUCUGCAGCACCUGAGUGAGGCAUGGCGGUGCUGGAAAGCCAACAUCCCGUGGAAGGUUCCUGGCUUGCCCGCGCCUGUCGAGAACAUGAUUCUCCGGUACGUGAAGAUGAAGGCGGACUGGUGGACGAACGCUGCGUACUACAAUCGCGAACGCAUUCGUCGAGGCGCGACCGUCGACAAAACUGUCUGCAAGAAGAACUUAGGGCGGCUCACGCGUCUUUGGCUCAAAGCCGAGCAGGAGAGGCAACACGCAUACCUGAAGGAUGGGCCGUACAUCACUGGCGAAGAGGCUGUGGCCAUCUACACGACUGCAGUUCACUGGCUAGAGAGCAGAAAGUUCACUCACAUUCCCUUCCCACCGUUGAACUACAAACACGACACGAAACUGCUCAUUCUCGCCCUCGAACGCCUCAAGGAACUAUACUCAGUCAAGUCCCGACUGAAUCAGGUUCAGAGAGAGGAGCUGGGCCUCAUUGAACAGGCCUACGACAACCCCCAUGAAGCGCUUUCGCGCAUCAAGCGACACCUGCUCACGCAACGCGCGUUCAAGGAACUCACUCUCGAGUUCAUGGAUCUCUACAGCCACCUCGUCCCCAUCUACGAGGUCGACCCUCUCGAGAAAAUCACAGACGCGUACCUAGACCAGUAUCUUUGGUACGAAGCAGACGCUCGACACCUCUUCCCGAACUGGGUGAAACCUGCAGACUCAGAACCCCCGCCGCUUCUCGUCUACAAAUUCUGCCAGGGCAUCAACAACCUCACAGACGUCUGGAAAACCAGCGACGGAGAAGCCGUCGUUCUACUCGAAACCAAAUACGAAAAGGUGUACGAGAAGAUCGACUUGACUCUCCUGAACCGUCUGCUUCGCCUGAUCGUCGACCACAACAUUGCGGACUACAUCACGGCGAAGAACAACGUGAACAUUAACUUCAAGGACAUGAACCACAUCAACUCUUUCGGACUCAUUCGCGGUCUGCAGUUUGCGUCCUUCGUCUUCCAGUACUACGGGUUGAUCCUCGAUCUCUUGGUGCUCGGCCUCACGCGCGCCACUGAACUGGCAGGCCCGCCGAAUUUGCCGAACGACUUCCUGACUUUCACAGACGUGGAGACGGAGACUCGACACCCCAUUCGCCUGUUCUGCCGAUACAUCGACCGCUUCUGGAUCGUCUUCCGCUUCGAGAAAGAGGAGGCGAGAGACCUCGUCCAGCGAUAUCUGACGGAGAACCCAGAUCCGAACAACGAAAACAUCGUGGGGUACAACAACAAAACCUGCUGGCCGAGAGAUUGCCGCAUGCGCAGAAUGAAGCACGACGUGAACUUGGGGCGUGCGGUGUUUUGGGAGAUUGAGAAUCGCCUGCCGCGGAGUGUCUCCACACUGGAGUGGAGCAACUCGUUUGCUUCCGUGUAUUCGAAGGACAACCCAAACUUGUUGUUUGCGAUGUGCGGCUUCGAAGUGCGCAUUUUGCCCAAGAUUCGGACGUACACCGAGGAGUUUUCUCAGCGCGAGGGUGUCUGGAAGCUGCAGAACGAAGUGACGAAGGAGAUGGCCGCGCAGGCCUUCUUGAAGGUCGGCGACGAAGGCAUGAAGCACUUUGAGAACCGCGUGCGGCAGAUCCUCAUGGCAAGUGGCGCCACGACGUUCACCAAGAUCGCAAACAAGUGGAACACCACCCUCAUCUCGCUCAUGACCUACUUCAGAGAAGCCGUGAUCCACACCGAGGCGCUUCUUGACUUGCUCGUCAAGUGUGAGAAUAAAAUUCAGACGCGCAUCAAGAUUGGGCUGAACUCGAAAAUGCCUUCCAGGUUCCCCCCCGUCGUCUUCUACACGCCCAAGGAACUUGGUGGCCUCGGCAUGCUCUCCAUGGGUCACAUCCUCAUUCCGCAGAGCGACUUGCGCUACUCGAAGCAGACCGAGACGGGGAUUACCCACUUCCGCAGUGGCAUGACUCACGAGGAAGACCAGCUCAUUCCGAACCUGUACCGAUACAUCCAGACAUGGGAGUCCGAGUUCAUCGAGUCGCAGCGCGUCUGGGCGGAGUACGCCCUGAAGCGCAGCGAGGCGGCGGCGCAGAAUCGGCGCCUGACUCUGGAAGAUUUAGAAGACUCUUGGGAUCGGGGUAUUCCUCGCAUCAACACGCUGUUCCAGAAGGACCGUCACACUCUCGCGUACGACAAAGGCUGGCGAGUGCGACAAGACUUCAAGCAGUAUCAACAGAUGAAGGCUCAUCCUUUUUGGUGGACGCACCAGCGCCACGACGGCAAACUCUGGAACCUAAACAACUACCGCACAGAUAUGAUUCAGGCUCUCGGCGGUGUCGAAGGCAUUCUCGAGCACACCCUUUUCAAGGGAACGUACUUCCCCACAUGGGAGGGUCUCUUCUGGGAGAAAGCUUCCGGAUUCGAAGAAAGCAUGAAGUACAAGAAACUGACAAACGCACAGCGUUCAGGUCUGAACCAGAUUCCAAAUCGUCGUUUCACGUUGUGGUGGUCGCCGACCAUCAACAGAGCGAACGUCUACGUCGGAUUCCAGGUGCAAUUGGACCUGACGGGUAUUUUCAUGCACGGGAAAAUCCCCACUCUGAAGAUUUCUCUGAUUCAGAUCAUGCGAGCACACUUGUGGCAGAAGGUGCAUGAAUCCAUCGUCAUGGAUUUGUGUCAGGUGUUUGACUUGGAGCUGGAUUCUCUGGAGAUUGAAAUGGUCCAGAAGGAAACGAUUCACCCUCGGAAGUCGUACAAGAUGAAUUCGUCAUGUGCAGACAUUCUCCUCUUUGCGGCCUACAAGUGGCAAAUCUCGAAGCCUUCGCUGCUCGCGGAUGGGAAGGAUGUGAUGGACGGCACAACGACAUCAAAAUAUUGGUUGGAUAUUCAGCUGCGUUGGGGUGACUUCGACAGCCAUGAUAUCGAGCGCUACUGCCGCAGCAAGUUUCUGGACUACACCACGGACAACAUGUCCAUCUAUCCUUCUCCAACGGGAGUGCUGCUGGGUGUCGACUUGGCCUACAACCUCCACUCCGGUUUCGGCAACUGGUUCCCGGGGUUGAAGCCUCUCAUGCAACGCGCAAUGAACAAAAUCAUGAAGUCGAACCCAGCGCUGUACGUGUUGCGCGAGCGCAUCCGGAAGGGUCUGCAGCUCUACUCUUCGGAGCCCACGGAGCCUUACUUGACGUCGCAGAACUACGGCGAGCUCUUCAGCAAUCAGACCAUUUGGUUUGUCGAUGACACCAACGUGUACAGAGUGACAAUUCACAAAACGUUCGAGGGGAACUUGACGACGAAGCCCGUGAACGGGGCCAUCUUUAUCUUCAACCCGCGAACAGGCCAGUUGUUCUUGAAGAUUAUUCACACGUCGGUUUGGGCGGGCCAGAAGCGUUUGACGCAGUUGGCGAAGUGGAAGACGGCUGAGGAGGUGGCGGCGUUGAUUCGGUCGCUGCCUGUCGAAGAGCAGCCGAAGCAGCUGAUCGCGACGCGUAAGGGGAUGCUGGAUCCGCUGGAAGUCCACCUGUUGGACUUCCCGAACAUCGUGAUCAAGGGCAGCGAGUUGAACUUGCCUUUCCAGGCGAUCAUGAAGGUCGAGAAGUUCGGCGACAUGAUUCUGAAGGCGACGCAGCCCGAGAUGGUUCUCUUCAACAUGUACGACGACUGGCUCAAGUCGAUUUCUUCGUACACGGCUUUCUCGCGACUCCUGCUGCUGCUGCGCGCGAUGCACGUGAACACGGAACGCACGAAGAUCAUUUUGCGCCCGAACAAGACGACGGUGACGCAGAGUCACCACAUCUGGCCGAGUCUGACGGACGAGGAGUGGAUCCAUGUGGAAGUUGCUCUGAAGGACUUGAUUCUCGCGGACUACGGCAAGAAGAACAACGUGAACGUUGCGUCGCUGACCCAGUCGGAGAUCCGCGACAUCAUCCUCGGUAUGGAGAUCUCCCCGCCGUCGCUGCAGCGCCAGCAGAUCGCGGAGAUCGAGGCGCAGACCAAGGACGUGAGUCAAGUGACGGCGACGACAACGCGAACCGUGAAUGCACACGGGGACGAAAUCAUUGUGUCGACGCAGAGUCCGCACGAACAGCAAGUCUUCAGCUCGAAGACGGACUGGCGCAUUCGCGCCAUCUCCGCCGCCUCGCUACACCUGCGAACUCACCACAUCUACGUGAACUCGGACGACAUCAAGGAGUCCGGGUACACGUACGUGUUGCCAAAGAACCUCUUGAAGAAAUUCAUUUGCGUCUCCGACUUGCGGACCCAGAUCGCCGCGUACUUGUACGGCGUCUCUCCGCCAGACAACGAACAAGUCAAGGAAGUGAGAGCCAUGGUCUUCGUGCCACAAGUAGGCAGUCACCAGUCCGUCUCCUUGCCCCAGGCCUUGCCUGAACACACGUACUUGGCGGACCUCGAACCCAUAGGCUGGAUCCACACCCAGCCCAACGAGAAUCCGCAACUCUCUCCGCAAGACGUGACAGCGCAUGCCAAGAUCCUGAACGAAAACAAAGCCUGGGACGCCGCGUCCACCGUCAUCAUCACCUGCUCCUUCACUCCAGGAAGCUGCUCGCUCACCGCCUACAAACUCACACCCCAGGGGUACCAGUGGGGAAAGUCCAACAAGGACACUGGACCGAACCCGCAAGGGUAUCUGCCGACGCACUACGAGAAGGUUCAGAUGCUGCUCAGCGAUGUGUUUGUCGGCUUCUUCAUGGUGCCGGAGGGCGGACUGUGGAACUACAACUUCAUGGGUGUGAAACAUUCGCCGUCGAUGCGAUACAACCUCGUCUUGGGCACCCCGAAAGAGUUCUACCACGAACAACACCGACCUUCUCACUACCUGCAGUUCACCCAGAUGGAGACGGCAACGGAGACCGCUGGAGCGGACCGAGAAGAUCUUUUCGCCUGAGCAUGCGCACUCGCUGCAUGCAGUGAAGGCGAGACUCGAAAGGAAAAACGAGCUCUCUGCGGUUGGGGCCGCGCUCAUCGGGGGCCUCCGUUUUGCCGCGGCACUCGAAAUAGACAGUUGGCGUCGACUUCGUGUUCUCUUGCCUCUCUCUUUCUGACGGGGAGUGAACGUCCGCGGCAACACACAAGUUUCGAAAGAGCAGCAGAAAGCCAACACUUGGAGGAGGAAUGCAGAGGACCAAAGAAACGCGCAUGCGACGCGGAAAAAGCACCUGGCAAGACAGCGAGGGAGGGCGAGUUUGUCACGAGAAAGGAGACAGAGGAGACGGCUGUUUAGAGAAGAGGCAACCCUGGAAGCUGAGGCUGCCCUCCCUUUCGGCAAAGACGGAGAAGAACCGUUGGAAGACAGCGGCCAAAACCGUCUCUCUUUUCUUCUGUUUCACUUGCCUACUUCUCGUUUUUCGCCUCGCGAUGCCAUUUUGUCUUGCGUUUUGGACCUCUCUUCUCUCAUGGGAAGUGUCUGGCUUUUUCGGGGAUACGCUGUUCUUCUCGCUCUCUGCUGAUUUGUAGCUGCAUGGAUCAACUGAACAUCUCUGUGGGGUCCUACACAUCCUGUUGUUAGGGGCUGCACUUCUCCGUUCGUUGCAUGCGUGGGCACUUGUCGGGUCCUCUACUCCUUGCAGUCCCUUGCUGCGUGAAAAGACGUUUUCUGCGUUCUGCUGCGCGUACGCGCCGCGAAAACAUGGCGCUUUUUGCUACAAGCUUACUCAACGU